AUGGACUCCAACAAGCGAAAAGAGGCGCCCAAUGCCAGCGGCGAGAAUAAAGGAGCCAAACGAAGCAAGGGCGGAUCAGGAGGAAAGUGGCAGACCCCGCACCAGAAAACAAAAAUCGCUGCCUCCCGCGGGCAUGGCACAAUUGGACCUGGCGAUAUAGGCAUUUGGGCGACGUGUGCAAGGAACCAGGAAGGGAGGGCAACGACAGAGCUCAAGAGUUUGCUAUAUCAAUAUGCCGAGAAGUUCUAUGGAAUUGCCGCGCAACCAGACGAAAGCGAUGACGACGAUGAGGUCGAUAUUGAAGCUAGCAUUCGGAAAGAAGCUGCAGCUAUGGGCGAGAAAAACGGGAAACCCAAGAUGUUCUCUCCUGUACGCCUUGAUAUUGAAUGCGUCUUAUUCUUCAAAACACAGCCGCCAAUAGAUCCAGUGGACUUUGUCCGUCGCAUAUGCGAAGAUAUAAUAUCGAGUGGAACCAGAUCCACCAGAUAUAUAAAUCGAUUAACGCCGAUGGCGUUGAUGGGGAAGGCUACUGAGAAAGGCCUGUCGGAAUUGGCAAGCACAGUCCUUCGUGAACACUUCCAACUUGCUGAGCUUGAGACACCAUCUGGGAAUGGCGAGAAGGAAGCCGACGAAAGCACACCAAAACCGCCAAGGCACUCGUACGCGAUUCGGCCGACAAUACGGAAUCACAACUCUCUUAAACGAGAUGUGGUGAUCAAGCAGGUCGCGUCCUUAAUCGGGGAUACUCAUUCUGUUAACCUCACUAAGCCCGAUAAGGUGAUUUUAAUCGAGAUUUACCAGACGGUGUGUGGGAUGAGCGUGGUUGGCGGCGACUGGGAAACCCUCAAGCGGUACAACCUGUCCGAACUGUAUCAACCGCGACCAAAGGUCGGGGCGGCGGCCGAGGCGGGUGCUGGUGCUGGUGGUACACGGGCUGUGGACAGCCCGAAGAAAGAGGCGGUUUCAGCGACAGGUGCAAGUACCGCUACCGACAGCUUGGAGCCGAGUAAAUAA